AUGUAUAGAAAAAGUGAAAAUAUUAAUGCUAUUGAUAAUUUUGUUGCAAAUCAAAGUACAAAAAUAGAUAAAAAAAAAUGGUGCCACGAAUAUGGUAAAGAUAACAUCAAAAAUUCUAAAUGUAAAUGCCCUCAAUGCAAUAUGAAACUUCUUACACUUGCUGAAAUUCAACAAGAAAUUGAUCAAUCAAUAUCUAAAAAAAAGGAUACAACCAAACCUUUGGUUUUUAAAACCUACAAUUCUGAGACCAAUGUCUUCAAAAAUUCUACUAAUUUAAUUAAUCCACUUAGUAUAACCCAAACCUUUGAAUCUCAAAAAAAUACUAAUACACCUGAUAUUCUUGUUCCAGAUCCUUUACCUAUAAAUCCAAAUUCUAUUGUUAAUAUUCAAAAAGUCCUAGAUUAUAUUAAAAAAAUCAGCAGAAUUAAUAAAG